AUGGACCAGUAUGGACCAAUUAAAACCAGUACGGACCAGUUUAAACCAGUAUGGAUUGAUAUAGACCAGUAUAAACCAGUACAAACCAGACCCCCCCGAGACCCCCCCCGGGACCUGCGGACAGGAACCCCCCAAUUAAUUAACCCCCAAUUAAUGAACCCCUCCCCAUUAAUUAACCCCCCAAUUAAUUAACCCCCCCAAUUAAUGAACCCCUCCCCAUUAAUUAACCCCUCACAAUUAAUUAACCCUUCCCCAUUAACCCGUGACCGCGCGGUGACCAUGGUGACGGCGCCGGACGCCCUCCGGCCACGGCCUGGCCUGAGGGACGCGCCCGGCACGGCCUGGACAUGCGGGCCAGCCUGCGCGCGGGGGAGGGGCUGGGGACGGCAGGGACGGCGCCCGCGGUGGCACCGGCACCCUCCCGCGGGGACGCGUCCGGCGGUGGUGGCAUCUCCAGCGGUGGUGGCAUCUCCCAUGGUGGCAUCUCCCAUGGUGGCAUCUCCCAUGGUGGGCAUCCUCCCAUGGCUUUCGUUUCCCACGGUGGCACCUGCGACAGUGACGUCUCCAGCAGUGGUGGCAUCUCCCCAUGGUGGCAUCUCCCAUGGCUUCGUUUCCCACGGUGGCACCUGCGACAGUGACGUGUCCAACAACGGUGGCACCUCCCAUGGGGACAUCUCCAAGGGUGACAUCUCCCAUGGUGGUGGCAUCUCCCAUGGCUUCAGUUCCCAUGGUGGCACCUGUUACAGUGACGUCUCCAACAGUGGUGGCACCUGCCAUGGUGGCAUCUCCAAGGUGGUGGCACCUGCCAUGGUGGUGGCAUCUCCCAUGGCUUCGGUUCCCAUGGUGGCACCUGUUCCAGUGACAUCUCCAACAGUGGUGGCACCUGCCAUGGUGGCAUCUCCAACGGUGGCAUCUCCAACGGUGGCAUCUCCAACGGUGGCAUCUCCCACGGGGACAUUUUCCACGGUGGUGGCAUCUCCCAUGGCUUCGGUUCCCACAGUGGCACCUGUGACAUUGAAAUCUCCAAUAGUGGUGGCAUCUCCCACGGUGGUGACAUCUCCCAUGGUGGCAUCUCCCAUGGUGGCAUCUCCCAUGGUGGCAUCUCCAGCGGUGGUGACAUCUCCCAUGGUGGCAUCUCCCAUGGCUUCGGUUCCCACGGUGGCACCUGCGACAGGUGACAUCUCCCAUGGUGGUGGCAUCUCCCAUGGCUUCGGUUCCCAUGGUGGCACCUGCGACAGUGACGUCUCCAACAGUGGUGGCACCUGCCAUGGUGGCAUCUCCAACGGUGGCAUCUCCAAUGGUGGCAUCUCCCACGGGGACAUUUUGCACGGUGGUGGCAUCUCCCAUGGCUUUGGUUCCCACAGUGGCACCUGUGACAUUGAAAUCUCCAAUAGUGGUGGCAUCUCCCACGGUGGUGACAUCUCCCAUGGUGACAUCUCCAUCGGGGACAUCUCCCACUGCGGUGGCAUCUCCAGCGGUGACAUCUCCCAUGGUGGCAUCUCCCAUGGCUUCGGUUCCCACGGUGGCACCUGUGACAGUGACGCAUCCAACAGUGGUGACAUCUCCCUCAGGGACAUUUCCCACGAUGGUGGCAUCUCCCACGGUGACAUCUCCCACGGUGGCAUCUCCCAUGGUGGUAUCUCCAGCAGUGGUGGCAUCUCCCAUGGCUUCAGUUCCCACAGUAGCACCUGCGACAGUGACGCAUCCAACAGUGGUGGCACCUCCCAUGGGGACAUCUCCCACGGGGACAUCUCCAGCAGUGGUGGCACCUCCUUCAGGGACAUUUCCCACGGUGGUGGCAUCUCCCAUGGCUUCGGUUCCCAUGGUGGCACCUGCGACAGUGACGUCUCCAGCAGUGGUGGCAUCUCCCAUGGUGGCAUCUCCCAUGGCUUCGGUUCCCACGGUGGCACCUGUGACAGUGACGCAUCCAACAGUGGUGGCACCUCCCUCAGGGACAUCUCCCAUGGUGGCAUCUCCCAUAAGGACAUCUCCAGCUGUGGUGGCAUCUCCCACGGUGGUGGCAUCUCCCACGGUGGCACCUCCCUCAGGGACAUUUCCCACACAGGUGGCACCUCCCACGGUGCCAUCUCCUCUCGUGGUGACUCUCCCUCGGGUGGCUUCUGCCGUGGUGGCAUCUCCCAGAAGAGUGACGACUCGCACGGUGACGUCGCCAACAGCGGUGGCAUCUCCGAUGGCGGUGGCACCUCUUGUGCCAUCACCUGCCACGGUGACGCGUCCCACGGUGGCAUCUCCAGUGGUGGCAUCUCCCGGGGUGACAUCAGCCACAGUGACGUUUUCCACGGUGGUGGCACCUCUGACGUCAUGACCCCCCAUGAUGGCACCUCCCAUGGUGGUGGCAUCUCCAAGAGUGACAUCUCCAACGGUGACAUCUCCAGUGGUGACAUCUCCCACGGUGACAUCUCCAGCGGUGGCAUCUCCAAUGGUGGCAUCUCCCACCGUGGUGGCAUCUCCAAGAGUGACAUCUCCAAUGGUGACAUCUCCAAUGGUGACAUCUACAAUGGUGGCAUCUCCAAUGGUGACAUCUCCACUGGUGACAUCUCCCAUGGUGACAUCUCCACUGGUGACAUCUCCUACGGGGACUCCUCCCAGGGUGGUGCCACCUCCCUCAGUGACACCUCCCACCAUGGUGGCUUCUCCAACAGGGACAUCUCCCGUGGUGGCAUCUCCAACAGGGACAUCUCCCACAGUGGUGGCACCUCCCGUGGUGGCACCUCCCGUGGUGGCACCUCCCAUGGUGGUACCUCCAACAGGGACAUCUCUGACAGUGAUGGCACCUCCCGUGGUGGCACCUCCCGUGGUGGCACCUCCCAUGGUGGGACAUCUCCCAUGGUGGCAUCUCCCAUGGCUUUAGCACCUCCCAUGGUGGUGCCACCCCCCAUGGUGACAUCUCCCAUGAUGGUGCCACCUCUCAUGAUGGUGACACCUCCGACAAUGACAUCCCCCGGGGCUUUGGCAUCUCCCACGAUGGUGACACUUCCCAUGGUGGUGCCACCUCCCACGGUGACAUCUCCCAUGGUGGUGCCACCUCCCAUAAUGGCAUCACCUCCCAUGGCUUUGUCACCUCCCAUGGUGGUGCCAUCUCCCAUGAUGAUGACACCUCCCAUGGUGGCGCCACCUCCCACGGUGACAUCUCCCAUGGCUUUGUCACCUCCCAUGGUGCCACCCUCCCAUGGUGGCAUCUCCCAUGGCUUUGGCAUCUCUCAUGGUGCCACCUCCCGUGGCUUUGUCACCUCCCAUGAUGGCACCACCUCCCAUGGUGACACCUCCCAUGGUGACAUCUCCCGUGGCUUUGUCACCUCCCAUGAUGGUGCCACCUCCCAGAAUGACAUCUCCCAUGGUGACACCUCCCAUGGUGGUGCCACCUCCCAUGGUGGUGCCACCUCCCAUGGUGGUGCCACUUCCCAUGGUGACAUCUCCCAUGGUUUUGGCAUCUCUCAUGGUGACAUCUGCCAUGGCUUUGUCACCUCCUGUGGUGGUGCCACCUCCCAUGGCUUUGUCACCUCCUGCGAUGGUGCCACCUGCCAUGGUGGCAUCUCCCAUGGCUUUGUCACCUCCUGUGGUGCCACCUCCCGCGGCGUUGUCACCCCUCCCACCGGCGUUGCCGCGCCGCGUCCCCUCCUUCUCCCGCCGCCCCUCCGGCCGCGCCGCGUCCCCGCGCUCCUCCUCCUCCUCCUCCUCCUCCUCCGCUGUCCCCCGCUCUCGGUGGCCGCCACCUUCCGCGUGGGCGUCCUGGGCCCCUGGGGCUGCGACCCCCUGCUGGCGCGGGCGCUGCCGGACGUGGCCUCCAGCCUGGCGGUGGCGCGGCUCAACCGCGACCCGGCGCUGGCCGCCGGCUACUGGUGGGACGCCGUGGUGCUGCCCGAGGCCUGCGCCGCGCCCCAGGCCGUGGCCGGCGUGGUCGGCGCCGAGCGCCGCGCCAGCGCCAUCGUGGGCCCGCUGAACCCCGCGGCCUGCGGCGCCGCCGGGCUGCUGGCCGCCGCCUGGAACAAGCCCCUGGUGUCCUGGGCGUGCGGCGCGGCCGGAGCGGUCACUCUGGUCAAGCCACUGCCCGCCCCGGCCGGCGUGCUGCACGCCGUGCUGCGGUACUUCCGCUGGGCGCACGUGGCCGUGGUGGCCGCGCCGCAGGACCUGUGGGUGGACACCGGGCAGGAGCUGGCCGCCGAGCUGAGGGCCCGGGGGCUGCCGGUCACCGUGGUGGCCGUGGCCGGAGAGGACGAGGAGGAGGCCGAGGAGGCGCUGAGGAGGGUGCAGAGGGCGGACGGGGUGCGAGUGGUGGUCAUGUGCAUGCACUCCGUGCUCCUGGGCGGGCGGGAGCAGAAGGUUCUCCUGGAGAAGGCCGAGGACCUGGGCAUGACGGACGGGACCUUCGUCUUCAUCCCGUACGACGCGCUGACCUUCGCGCUGCCCUACCGCCGCGUGCCCUACCCGGUGCUGGCCAACAACACCAAGCUGCGCCUGGCCUACGACGCCGUGCUCACCAUCACCAUCGACUCGCCCGACGCCUCCUUCCACGAGGCCCUGGAGGAGGCCAAGAAGGCCUACGAGGUCCCCGCCCACCUGUCCCCCCGCCAGGUCCACCCGCUCUUCUCCACCAUCUACAACUCCAUCUACUUCCUGGCCACGGCGGUGGAGGCCACGCGCCGCAGCGGCCGCUGGGUGAUGGGCACCAGUGUGGCCGACCACGCCCGCGACUUCCAGCUCCGGGGCUUCUGCCAGACCUUCACCGUGGACGAGGACGGCGACGUCUCGGUGCCCUACGUGGUGCUGGACACGGACGGCAAGGGCCACCACCUGUGGGCGGUCUACGGGCUGGAGCCGGGCACGCGCGGCCUCAGCUACCGCAGCCACAGCCCCCACUGGCCGCACAGCGCCAGCCCGGCCACCGACGCCGGCUGCUGGUUCGACUCCGGCGCCAUCUGCAACGGCGGGAUGGACGCCGGCUUCGUCUUCUUCCUCUUCCUCCUCAUCGCCGCCCUCAUCGCGGCCGGCGCCGCCCUCGCCUGCCACAUCAGGCGCCGCCUCCAGCAGGCGCAGCUCAUGAAGGGCCCCAACAAAAUCAUCCUGACCAUGGAGGACCUGACCUUCAUCAACACCCGGAGCAGCAAACAGGUGGACAGCAGCCAGGCCAGCCUGGCCGGCCAGAGCGGGGGGGACGCGCGGAGCGUCCGCAGCGCCGCCCCCGGCCCCGACACCACCAACGUGGCCGUGGCCGAGGUGAGAGAGACCCCCCCGAAGGGCAGCAGCAACCUGCCCCUGCUGCUGCUCUUGUUUAACCAGCAGGGCCUUGUCGCCUCCGUGCAGGGCGACUGGGUGUGGCUGAAGAAGUUCCCGGGGGAGCAGCACACGGAGGUGAAAGCGGCCACCAAGCUGGCCUUCUGCAAGCUGCGGGACCUGCGGCACGAGAACGUGAACCUGUUCCUGGGCUUCUUCCACGACUGCGGCAUCUUCGCCAUCGUGUCGGAGCACUGCUCGCGCGGCAGCCUCGAGGACCUGCUGCGCAACGAGGACAUGAAGCUCGACUGGAUGUUCAAGUCCUCCCUCCUCAUCGACCUCAUCAAGGGCGUGCGGUACCUGCACCACCGCGACGUCGUGCACGGGCGCCUCAAGUCGCGCAACUGCGUGGUGGACGGGCGCUUCGUGCUCAAGGUCACCGACCACGGCUACAACCAACUGCUGGAGGCGCAGCGUGUCCCGGCCCCGCCCCCGCAGCCCCACGAGCGGCUGUGGACGGCGCCGGAGCUGCUGCGGGACGAGGCCCUGGAGCGGCGCGGCUCCUUCCGGGGGGACGUCUACGGCAUCGGCAUCAUCAUGCAGGAGGUGAUCUGCAGGAGCCCCCCGUACUGCAUGCUGGGGCUGCCCCCCGAAGAGAUCAUCGAGAAGGUGCAGCGCCCGCCCCCCCUGUGCCGCCCCACGGUCUCGGCCGACCAGGCCCCGCUCGAGUGCAUCCACCUGAUGAAGGAGUGCUGGAGCGAGCAGCCCGAGAAGAGACCCACCAUCGACCAGGUGUUCGACCAGUUCAAGGGCAUCAACAAGGGCCGCAAGACCAACAUCAUCGACUCGAUGCUGCGCAUGCUGGAGCAGUACAGCAGCAACCUGGAGGACCUGAUCCGCGAGAGGACCGAGGAGCUGGAGAUCGAGAAGCAGAAGACCGACAAGCUCCUGACCCAGAUGCUGCCGCCGUCGGUGGCCGAGGCGCUGAAGAUGGGGACGCCGGUGGAGCCCGAGUACUUCGAGGAGGUGACGCUGUACUUCAGCGACAUCGUGGGCUUCACCACCAUCUCGGCCAUGAGCGAGCCCAUCGAGGUGGUGGACCUCCUCAACGACCUCUACACCCUCUUCGACGCCAUCAUCGGCUCCCACGACGUCUACAAGGUGGAGACCAUCGGCGACGCCUACAUGGUGGCCUCGGGGCUGCCCAAGCGCAACGGCAACCGGCACGCCGGCGAGAUCGCCAACAUGUCCCUGGACAUCCUCAGCUCCGUCGGCACCUUCAAGAUGCGCCACAUGCCCGAGGUGCCCGUGCGCAUCCGCAUCGGGCUGCACUCGGGGCCGUGCGUGGCGGGCGUGGUGGGGCUGACGAUGCCGCGGUACUGCCUGUUCGGGGACACCGUCAACACGGCCUCGCGCAUGGAGUCCACCGGGCUGCCCUAUCGCAUCCACGUGAACCAGCGCACGGUCGCCAUCCUGCUCUCGCUGCAGGAGGGAUUCAAGGUCGACAUCCGCGGCAAGACCGAGCUCAAGGGUAAAGGUGUGGAGGACACCUAUUGGCUCGUGGGCCGCGAGGGAUUCACCAAACCCAUCCCCACCCCCCCCGACCUCCUGCCGGGGGCGAGCAACCACGGGAUCAGCCUGGACGAGAUCCCGGCCGAGCGGCGCCGGAAGCUGGAGAAGGCGCGGCCGGGGCAGUGCUGA